AUGGAGGCCUACGCUGACGAGGUUGGAGCUCCGAACUCGCGGGAGACGGCGGACCUCGACGAGAAAGUGAGUCGGUUGGUGAUCCUCUGGACCAAGAAACGCUCGGGUUCUCCGUCGCAGGCGCCGGAUUCUUCAGUUUUGACUUCGUCGGCAGCGGUUUCUGGGGAUGGAGGCGGAGGGAUCUCAGAGGUCUAUAACAAUGGGGAUGUGUAUGAGGGAGAGUUUCAUAAAAGGAAGUGUUCAGGGAGCGGGGUGUAUUAUUACUAUAUGAGUGGGAGGUAUGAGGGGGAUUGGGUUGAUGACAAGUAUGAUGGGUAUGGGGUGGAGACCUGGGCGAGGGGGAGUCGAUAUAGAGGGCAGUAUAGGCAGGGGUUGAGACAUGGCUUUGGUGUCUAUCGGUUUUAUACGGGGGAUGUCUAUGCCGGUGGGUGGAGUAAUGGGCAGAGCUAUGGGUGUGGUGUGCAUACGUGCGAGGAUGGGAGCUGGUAUGUUGGGGAGUUCAAGUGGGGAGUCAAGCAUGGGCUUGGGCAAGUUUGA